AUGGAUGAAGCUUAUUUUGCAGAAGAUAGAACUUCUAAGGAGGAGGUGGAUUUUAUUUAUGAUAAGAAUGUCCCCCACAUUGUGCUAUGCAAUGAUUUCACCUCUGAAACUGACAUUUAUGAUGCCCCUCAUCAAAUGUUCUUAGCCCUACAUGGCCCUCCGAAAAAGGCUAUACGUAAGAAGACUUGUAAAACUGUAGAUAUGGCCAUGAUUCUAGAUAAGCUUACUGAAAAUGCUGCCAGCAAAAAACAUGAUAAACAAUGUACUAUAGUUUUGCAUAUUCCACCUAAUAAAGAAAACACGUCCAAGUCAAACAUUUCUGAUAUUCUGCUCAAUCAUCUUUCCAAAAAGGAAUUCUUCAAAAAUCAAGGCAUUGAUUGUGAAACUCUCCCAGACAUCCUGAAUGCUCGGUGUUUUGAUGAUGCUAUCAUUAAAAAUAUUUUUUUCUAUGUUAAGAAUUCUUGGCCAAAAGAACAAAUUUCAGAACUUGAAGACAUACUCAACCCCAAAGAAGAUGACGACAACAGUAGCCCCUCUUGUUCUCCAACUGCAGUAGAAGAAAACAUCUUUGAUUUAGAUGAGCCCGUAGUUGCUGGACGCAGCAGCAUUCAAGACAAUUUACACUUUCUGAAGAAAUCCCAGCAUUCAAGAGAUGAACACAAAAGUUUCCAAGGGCAGGCAUCCCAGAAUCAACAGCCUAGAAAGUCAGGUUUCAGGACCGGGUUCAAAUAUGACCACAGUCAAGUUCAUUAUCAGCUCUCUGACUUUUCUAAGGUAGCUUCCAUAGUGAAAAUCCCUAAAGAUAACAUAAUGAACAAACCACUUAUAGUAGCUCGACGAGUCAAAUCUUCUCCUAGCUUCAGAAAUAUACCACCAGCUCUUGUGCAAGAUCUUUCAGAAGAAGCUAUGCCUAGAUUAAUUUGUGUUGAAAAACAUGACCAAGAGCCUAAAAUGGGAAAUUUUGAAACUUCUCAACAUAUACAGGUGGAGCCCGCAGAACACGUCAACCAAGACCUUCUUACAGGACUAGACUCUGAGUCAGAUCUCUUUAAUCUGUCAUCGUCUCAGGAAGACUCUUCCUCAAGUUCUAAGAUACUUGAAAAGAUAUCAAAAGGCAAACAGAUGUGUCAGAAGUUAAGAGAACAGACUGACCAACUGAAGGCGAAAGUUCAAGAGUUCGCCAAAAGAAUAGCACAAGACUCUCCUUGCUCACAAAAUAGGGAACUGGUCCUGGAGAAAAUGCAAGGACAUCUUGGACUGCUGGAACAGGAGUUUCUGGCCACCAAGGAGAAGCAUCUGACUCUGCAGCAGCGAGACCCCAAGGAUAAAUCCCCAGAUGUCAGUGCCUUUGGUCCAGAAAGUAAAGUGGAGAGUGAAAUCUUCAAAUUGGAGAUGCUCCUUGGAGAUGUUGAAGAGAAAAUCGGAGAGCGUAAACAUACUUCACUUCCCUUGCCUGCUGUGGAUUCUGUCAUCGUCCAGGGUGAUGUGGUAUCCGUCUCUCCGCCACCCUCAAAUGAGAUAACCAAGGAGCACCCUGUUCACCCUGCUGAGCCCCUAAACAUGUGGAGAACAGACGCGAUGGGAGUGACCCCAGCAGAACUCAAGUCUGAGGAGCCCCGUGAAGUGGACCGGGAGAUCUACCUAAACUGGCCAAGCAGGGGUGCGGCUGCCCAGUACCUGCCGGAUCAAACAUCCUCUUGGUUGUCUUCUGUGUCCAGGGAGGACCUCAAUGAAGCCUUGGGAGGACAGGAUCGUGCAGAGACUAAGGCGCUGAGCCCAAGCUGUGCCUCUUGCUGCCAGGCUCUUGAAAGGAAGCAAAGAAUGGAGAGAAGAGGUCACAGAAAGUUCAGCUGUGGAAGAUUUUCAAUCAUCAUACAAGAAAACCCUUUGUACCUGUGUUCAACUUGCAGCUCUGUUGCAGGAAAUAGCUCCUAUUCUGAUUCUGGCAUGGGACUUCAAAGCAACAGGUGUGAGAAUUGUGGCACUAAGAUCCCUAACUCCAGUAAAGCCAUCAAUAAAGACGUGUUUAAAGCUUGUUCAAAACCAAAAAGAAUCGGUUCCCAGGGAGCAAAUUCGAAAUCUCCACAAGAUGAAUGUGAGCCAAUGCCAAGAAAAGAUCUGACAGCUCUCGGGACCUCUGGCUCCAACCUGACUACGCCCUCACCCCGUUCCCCCUCUCGCAGGAUUUAUGGAAGCAAAUCAUUAAGCGACUUCAGGAACACUGACAAAAUGGAAUCUGAAGUUUUAAACUCAGCUUUGGAACAUGCUUUAAGGACAGCAAGCAUUUUGAAGGAAACAACUGAUCAAAUGAUCAAAGCGAUUGCCAAUGAUCUCACCAAAGCGCAGAAGUGGAGAAGUCGACUCAAACGUUAG